AUGGCGCCAGGAGGGGCGCCCAACGACGCCAAUCUCACGGAGAUGGCGCGAGGUCAGGAGCCGGAUAAAUCAACGACGACACUCUCAACAAUUGCAGUGAAAGCUGGUGUCAAUGCUUCGAUAGUUGUGGCCUUGCUGAAAAGCGCCGGUUACAUCCAACUCCGUGUCGACGAGAUGCAACCGAAACUCCUCUCCAUCGGAAACUCAUCACAAGAAGCGAAAGAUUUACUGAAUAUCCACGACGACCUGAUCCGACGACUCCAGGAAAAAGACGAUCAAGUCGUGGCUCUACUGAGCCGCGCCGACAGCCUUGGAGCCGAGAAAACGAAUCCGAACGAAGCGAUUGUUUACGACGAGAUGGCGAAGAGUUUGCGGGAGACGUGGAGAUCCUUGAAUCGUCAACUUCUGCUGCGUGGCUACAUGCUUAGAGAGACCGUGCAGUUUUAUACGUUGGCUGAGAGUCAUGAGAAGCUAUCCACAAAAACCAUUGAAAUCGUGCAACAAAUAAAUGAACAGAAUUCACAACAGCUUCAAUCAUCAAUCGAUAAGCUUAUCAAUGACAUUAUCGACACCACAGCCUCUGUUGUGGACCUCGGGUCUUCUGUAAUUUCACAAAUCCGAACGCUAGGCCAGCUCGAUGACAAUCCAGAAAGACCACAAGAGAUUCUAGAUGCUUCUGUAAAAAUUGAGAGCAUCAUGUUGAGAGUUGCAUCCGAUUGGGAGAGAUCUGAGCAGUUGUGGCAAGAAAGGAAGUCGGGGGUCUCAAGGACUACAACUACUACAGAGGAUGAGUUGGUAGUUAUUGAGCAGUGGCUUAGUUAUGCAGAGAAGAAGGUGAAGGCGUUGAAUGAAGCUGGACAGAAGAAUGUGCUUUCAGAGGGAAAUAAACACGUGCACCGCCUCCGCGAACUUGCUAACACCCCAUCCUCCGAUGGCGGCCGUAUCUCCCAUCUCUCCGGAAGAAUUGAGGAAUUCCUGCACUACCUAAAAACCCGAAUGAACCGUUCUCAACGUAUCCACGGCUUCCUCCAAGCAGCGAAAUCGAUGUUAUCUCAGUUGAAUAUGAUGGCUGAGGAUAUGAAGAGUGCGAAUGCGGCGAUGGCUGGAGAGUUGGCGCCGCUCGCCAAACAGAAGGCUUCACCGUUGAUUCAUGAAGGAAAAGAUAUUGCUUCCAAGGAAGUGUUGAGCUAUGAAGAGCAGAGACUGGUGAGACAGUAUGUGGAGGACUUGUCGGAGAAGUUGAAGGAGAUCGAGUCACUUGCCAAACAGAGGAAGGAAUCUGGAAAAACUACGUCUCAUUUCUCCAACAUCAAAGCCUGGCUCGACGGUCAAGCCGCCGCGUUCCUUGCCCAGAAAGGUGAUCUCGGAGGAAAUCUCAACGAUGCCCGUGACUUCGUUGUGGCUCACAAGCAAUUCGCCACUGAGCUUAUCAACAGAGACGCUGAUGUUAUGACACUCCUUUCUAGAAAGCCACAAAUGUCUCCAGAUGAGGAGCAACAGUUGACAGAGUUCGUGAAGGAGUACGAGAAGGUUAAGGAGAUUCUGGAGAAUCGCAUCCAAAUCGGAACUACUUAUGAACAAGUUCACGUGUUCGGAAAGGAUCUCGAAGGAUCUUUCGAUGCUCUUCAGACACUACUGGAAAACAAUCAGGAGUAUACAAAUGACAAAGUGGCAGCACAGAUUUCAAAUGUGUUCCAGAUGAUUCUGGAGACAUUGAGUCAGGAGAAGCAUCAAGGCGAGAAAUUCAUCUCGAACGCCACACAAAUCGGAAAAUCUGAUGAAUGGCUCAAUAUCCAGCGUGCACAGGAAGCUGUCAGAAACAUGAUAACCGAUCAUGAAAACCGAUUCAAGUAUGUGCAACACAAGUGGACUGAAUGGCAGAUGGAUAAGAAUUCAACUACGAAAGUGGAAAGUGUGAUGGAGGAGAUUCAGAUGUGGCAGACAGAUGUGUUGGAGUUUAUCGGGAGGGUUGAUAAUUCCAGCGUUACGAAAAAAGAGGAAGUGGAAGAAAUCCAGAAGAGAAUCUCCUCCUUCAAAAACGCUGCGGACAUGCACAAGACCACUCUGGAAACCCUCAAAGAAGAAAACAAGAACGAAGAACAAAUCAGUCGUAUUAAUGUGCUAAUCGAUAAGAACGACUACAUCAAAACACGUCUUGACCAGCUCAGCCAUAAAGUUGAGCUCACUUCCCUUCUGAAAAUUGUGGAGGAUGUGCAAAUUUGGCAAGAAGAAAUGGUGGAGAUUAUCAGGAAUAUGAAUCAAGUAGUGACCACACAAUCAAAUAAUCAGGAGCAGUUUGAGCAUUUGAGACGGAAGAUUGAAGACUUGAAAGUGGAAGUGGAGAAGAAGAGUGAGCAUUUGGAAGCGUGCAAGACACUUUCUCAAAACGAAACCUUCCAAACCCAACUUCACAAAACCAUUCAAAACCAAGAACAGAUCCGUCUUACCACUAUUGAGCUCCAGGAAAAACUGGAGAUAUCAAAACUGAUCCGUGUGGUACAAGAGAUUCAGAUGUGGCAGGAGGAGGCUAUUGAGAUUAUUAGAAUGUUAGAUAGAACCCAACCGGCUAAUAUCCAGGAGGCCAAUGAGUUGAUCGAUCGGGUCCAUGAUCUACAACAGACUAUUGAGCACAAGUCUUCGAGGAUUCAAGAGGUGAAAAAGAUGUCGCAAGUACCGGAAUUCGUUCAUAAAAUGGAAGAGGUUGAGCAUGUGCAGGAGCAGUUGAAGCAUCUUACUGUAGAGCUGGAGGAGAAGUUGGAACAGCAGAAACUAGUGAAAGUCACAGAGCACAUUCAGAUGUGGCAAGAAGAGAUGGUUGAGAUUAUCAAGAUGUUUGAUAGCACUCCAAUGAAGACGGUGCAGGAAAGCCAAGAACUCCAGGAGAAGGUGAAGCUUGUCAAGGAAGCAAUUGCAGUUCAGCAACCGAAAAUCGAGGAGGUGGUAUCCAAAGCGAAGGAAAUCUCAGUUAAAACUCAGAUUGCAAAAGCUGUCGAGCAACAAAAGGUUAUCAGAGAAAUGGCCGAGAAUCUGGAGCGAAAAGCCAUAUCGGCCACAUUCGAGCUUUCCCAACCACAGCAAACUAUCGAGGAGACCAAAACCAUUGAGCUGACUAGUUUAGAGCAAACUCAGAUUACAUUGACUCCGGAAGAGAAGCAAGAACUUCAGAUUCUCAAAAAGAUCAUUGGGGAGAUUCAAAUGUGGCAAGAGGAAACCAUCGAGAUUAUCCGUCUGGUUGACAAAACUCCAAAAACAAUUCAAGAAUCCGAGACUCUUGUGAAGAAAAUCAACGAGAUCCAUCAGACAGUGGAGGCGCAGACUAGAAGAAUUGAGGAUGCGUCGAGGUUCACCAAAGAUGAGACAUUCACGAAGACAGUGCAGGAAACGAUGACAAAGCAGCAGCAAGUUCAACAGUUGGUCAAGGAGCUUCAUGAAAGGGCCGCCUCUCAAAACAUUGUGAUUCGGAAGCAAGAAGAAGAACGGCAGAGAGUUCAAGCCCCGCAGAUUCUGACUCAAUUGAAGGAUGAUGAGGUCGACGAAGGCUGCCGCUAUGAGUUCUCCGCUAGAAUCAACGGAGAACCUGAACCCAAAAUCUCUUGGCUCAAGGAUGGAAUCGACGUGAAAAGUAACAUGGACUACCGUCAGGAAUAUGUCAAUGGUGUCGCCACGUUGGUUAUCGAGGAGAGUUUUAUUGAGGACACUGCGGAGUACACCGUGAAGGCUACAAAUGUGGGAGGGUCAGCGUCAAGUAGUGCUAACUUGAUUGUGAAGUCUAGAAGCGCCAUGUCAUCUGCUAUCCUUGAAGAAGACAAACCAAGAUUCGUGAAACAAAUGCAAAGUGUGCAAGUCAACGAGGGUGAAACCGCCCGUCUGGAUUGCGUAGUCGUCGGAAAACCAGAGCCAGAAGUGACUUGGUUCAAGGAGGAAACUGCUGUCAAAGAAAGCCAAAGAGUCCAUCUGACAUUCUCCGGGGAUCACUGUCAAAUGGUCAUCGAUCAGACUGUUCCAUUGGACACCGGUGUCUAUACAGUUCGUGCCAAGAAUGUUCAUGGAGAGGUUGCAAACUUCUGUCAGUUGAGAGUUGUACCAAAGAAACAAGCUCCGCCACAAACACCACCAAAGCCAAGGACUCCGAUCCAAAGACCUCCGGUUAUCCAGCCAGCGCUUACUAAUACAACAUGGCAGGAAGGAGAGACAGCGACACUCCAAGUGUUUUCUUAUGGAGAGCCUAAGCCAAGAGUUCACUGGAAAUUCAACGACUCUCCUGUCCAAACGAAUAGUCAAGUGCAGAUUUCAGAGCAGGAGGAUGGUUGGUCAAGACUCACCAUCCAACAAAUCUCCCCUGUCAACGCUGGUAUGUAUACGGUAGUUGCUGAGAAUGAGAUUGGAGAAGCCGUGACUGGAGCCACUGUUCAUGUGCAGCCGUCUCUUAAACGAGUGGUAACCACGGAGCAUCAUUUGCAAGAGGAUAUGAAUGAACACAUCGGACAACCAAUUCAACAAACUGUCAUUACCAAGAAGCACCAGGAAAUGGAGACUAGAGAACGCCAAGAUUUUCCACAACCCCGUGAGCCUGAGAAGAUUAUUGAUGAGAAGAGAUGGGUAGAGCUCGUGGAGCAACAUUUCGAGGAGCACCUCUCCCAACGUUCCAUCUCUCCAGUUCCACAAAUCCGAGAAGUCCGGAAGACCGAGUCCCAGCAGAGAUGGAUAGAUACCAUUGAUGAGAUUUGGUCACCAGUGAGGGAUGUGGAAGUUACCGAGACUCGAACAGUAUCAGGAAUGGAUCAGUAUAGCUCUCAUAAUGUUCAUGAGCCAUCUCCACGUCCACAAGGAUACCACACUACUACUACCACAACGAAUAUCUCUCACAUCGGUCAAUCCCACGAACCAAUUCAACCAGUUAUGGGAAGAUCCACGUCAUCUAAUGAGACAGUGAAGACAAUGAAUAUCGCAACUAUCAGACAAUCUCCACAAAGAGAAGUUCAUGAAGCUAGAACCACUCCUGGGCCAACGUCGGAGCAUGUAGCAACUAUCAGAAAGACUCCAGUUAGAGAAACCCAUCAGUCCUCGAUCUCCAAGGCACCAUCCCUGGAGAAUGUUGCGAAGAUCCGACAGUCACCAGUUCCUGAGACUCAUCGAUCUACACUCACCAGGAGAAGUCCGUCAGUGGAGAACAUUGCCAAGUACCAACAGGCUUCCCAGCCAGAGACUUAUCAAGCUACAAUGUCUGGUGGGCAACCGGUUGCUAAUAUUGCUCAAGUCCACGCGCCAACUCAACCUGACCGUCAGGCGAUCAUCAAGGAAGCUCCACAAAUCGACAGAAUCGAUGAUAUCCAAUCAGUUCCCCGUGAGGAGAAAGUGACAACUGUAGUGAAGCAGACAGAGGUUAUCACAAGUGAUGUUGAUAAGAAGUAUCAAGAACAACAACAGAAGCAAAAACAAGUCACGAGCACGGUGACUGAGACGACUUCUGGAGAAGGAUGGGUUCAGCAUCAACAUCAAGAUUUUGUGGAGCCUCAUAAGUCGACGGUGACGGUGAAGAAGUUGGAUAUUGAGGAGUCGCAGAAUGUUAAUCAGCAGAGGUUCGCGGCCCAACCGGAACAGAAGAACGUGGUCACCGAGAAAAUCGAGGAGGACAUCCACAGGGAAUCUAGAAUCCCUGUCAAGCGAGAGCCCCAGACUACUACUACAGUGACUGAGAUGACUUCUGGAGAGGGAUGGGUUCAGAACACUCAUCAAGACUUCCAGAACCCACAUCUCUCAACGACAACGGUGAAGAGAUUGGAUAUUGAUGAGGGACAUCAUGUGAAUUACCAAGCCCAACAACAACAGCCACAGCAACAAACCAUUCAAACACGUAAAGAAGAAGAGGAAGAGUCGAGAAUCAAGAAUGAGUCUAAGAUCCCGAUCAAGAGAGAACCAAAGACCAUGACUACUGUAACUGAGACAACUUCUGGAGAAGGAUGGGUGCAGGAUGUUCAUCAGGACAUGAGGAGACCAGAGCAAUCCACGAUUACUGUAAAACGGCUUGAUAUUGAAGGAGGGGAACAUGUGCAGCAUGACACCCAGCAGACAAGAAACCAGCAAGUGGUUACCACAAAAAAAGAGGAAGAGGAAAACCAAAGAAUCAAGAAUGAGUCUAGAAUUCCUGUUAGAAGAGAGCCGAAGACCACUACCACUGUCACUGAAACGACUUCUGGAGAGGGAUGGGUGCAGAACACUCAUAUGGAUGCAGCACACCCACAUAGCUCUACUGUAACUGUGAAAAAGUUAGGUAUUGAUGGAGAGACGACGAAAAAGACAACCGCUAGACCGAUUAGUAACGAGUAUAGAAGACAGACUGAUGAGGAGUCAUCUGUCCGACAACGAGACAGUUUCAUUCAAGCAUCAGAUGUCGAAGGAUUCUGGACUGAUGGUGCCUACACGGACUCUGCGCCAACACCACCACCCCAACCGAUUCAUAGAAGUACGGCCGAGGAUAACAUGCAGAGGAUCGGGUUGUCAAGAACUACUACUGAGCCAGAGUUUAUUAAGGCGUUCGAGAGAGAGUAUACCGUUGAGGAAGGAGGAAGGAUAGCGAUUGAGUGUAUUUUGGUGGGAAAUCCAAGACCAGCGGCGAGAUUCUUCUUUAACAAUAAGCAAGUGACGGAGAAGUCCGAGUUUUUGAAGAUCUGCCACGUCAACGACACCUACUCUAUCAUCAUCAGUCCUGCUCGACUCGAACACGCUGGCUACUACAAAAUGAUUGCUGAGAACAAGCGAGGAGUCACCGAAUCCCUCACCGUACUCCACGUCCGCCCGAGAUCUCUCCAAACUUAUCAGCAGAAGAGACAAGAGGAGACAAGACUCCAACAACAACAAGCCGCCCGUAGCAAUGCUCCAACAGAAUACACCACUGUGGAGGAGGAGUUUGCAAUGUUCGAAUAUGAGCAGAGGAGACCUUUGAAGCACGAAGCAUCCAAGCUAUCCACUCCACCACCUGCCAAACGAAUCGAGUUGGAGCAUAAGAAGGAUGAGGAGCACUUGGAAACGUAUGACUUGGAAGGAAAGAAGACAAAUGGACAUCCCCCUCACUUCACACAAACCCUGGUGUCUACUGUAGUUGCUCAAGGGGAGAAUACCACUUUCGAGGGAAUUGUCACUGGGUGGCCUGCUCCGACGGUAGAAUGGACUAUUGAUGGGCGGCCCCUUGAUUUGAAGGAUAUCAGGGUGUCGAAUAUCGGUGGACGGGUUUCGUUGAAUUUCUUGAACUGCCAGUUGUCACACGCUGGAAAGUAUAUGUGCACAGCGAAGAAUAAUAGUGGAGUGGCGACGAGCAGUGCGCAGUUGGUAGUGAGACCAAAAACCAUCGCUCCGGACUUUAUCCAACGACUAAUCAGUGAGGAGAUCGAGGAAGGAAGUCAAUUGAAAUGGACAGUGCGUGUGACGGGAGACCCGAUGCCCAAGGUCAUCUGGAUGCGUGAUGGAUAUGAGAUACCGGAUUGCGAGGAGGUGCGGAUUGUUGAUCACGGCGACGGCUACCAUUCUCUUGUAAUCGUUCGAGUAGAGGGUGCAGAUAGUGGACAAUUCACAUGCCUCGCUGAAAAUAUCGCUGGAGAAGCCCGAUCCACUGCUGACUUAGUGGUCCGACCCCCAGGCGCCAAUCCCGGAAAUUACUUCCAUGUGACAAAGGUUACUCAGGAGAAGCAGGCGAAAGGGGCGGAGCCAACGACGACAAGCGCUUUCUCCAUCGAAACACCACGACAGAGUGAAAUGUUGUGA